CCCAAAUCACACUUUUCCUUCUUUUUUCUUUUUCAAUUUUCUCUUCAAUCAGUUUCAACCAUUUCUCCAUUUUUUUUUUCUCCUCAAUGGGGUUUCGUCUUCCAUCGUCUUUGAUUCCUCAGGCCAAGCAAUUGCUGAGAAGAAGCUCCGGUAAUCCAUCGGCGGUUCCGAAAGGUCAUGUAGCAGUGUACGUCGGAGAGUUUCAGAGGAAGCGAUUUGUGAUUCCGAUUUCGUAUUUGAAUCAUCUUUCGUUUCAACAAUUGUUGAGUCGAGCGGAAGAAGAGUUUGGAUUUGAUCAUCCGGAAGGUGGUUUGACGAUUCCUUGUGGUGAAGAUGCAUUUAUCGACCUUACUUCAAGAUUGCAAGCUUGUUAAAUCCAUGAAGAACUAGGAAGGAAGGAUCUCGAUUUUUGCCUUUGGCUUCUUCUUUUCUUUCUACUUCUUUUUUUUUUUCUUUUUUUUUUCUUUUGGGAAUGGAGAUGUUCAUGUGUUGUUGAUGAUUUUUGCAUUCUAACUGAUGUUGGAAUGUUGAUGGAACCCAAUUACAAUACAAUGCUUUUGGGUGUUGUAAUGAGUGGUGUUGGAAUGGAUUGGUGAACCCUUUUUCACCAGAAAUUGUAAUGCAAAUACAACUUUUUUUCUUUUUCUUUA